AAAUUGAAGUUGAAGAAGUUGAGGAGCAACGGAUAGCUUCACAAACUGAAAUUCUGACGUGCUGUCCUUUACUGUGGAUACUGUGACGCUUUGAACGAGUUGCAAAAUAAUCCUCAAAAAUCCAAUUUAUACAGCAAUGCAGAUACAUUUAUGCAGCAUGUUUUCACAAGGAGUCUAGACAGAAACAGACUGGCUGUGGUGAGCUGAGGACAGACAAUACGACAGCAACUUUGUCCUGGGGAAUGCUCAAGUCCAGUCCCUCUAUCCCAUAGUCUAUUGCUCCGAUGGCUUCUGCGAACUGACCGGCUUUGCCCGUGGUGAGCUGAUGCAGAAGAGCUGUAUGUGUCACUUCCUGUACGGUAGCGAGACCAGCGACCGCCUCACCUCACAGAUGCAGACAGCUCUAGAUGAACGUCGAGGGUUCAAGACUGAGAUUAUUCUCUACAAGAAGAGUGGAUCCAAGUUCUGGUGUCUGUUGGACAUUGUGCCCAUAAAGAACGAGAAGAGUGAAGUGGUUCUGUUCCUGGUCUCACAUAAGGACAUCACAGAAAAUAAGGACCUGGACCAUGGCAAUGAAUCUGACACUGAUGAGGAAACUGGACUGGAGAUCCGCCAGAUCAGCCGUCCUUCGGGCUUCAAUAUGGAGCGCCGCCGCAGUCGGGCUGUCCUCUACCAGCUGUCUGGACACCUACAGAAACAAGACAAAACCAAGAGCAAGCUGAAGAUCAAUAAUAGUGUUCUUGGAGCCAAUGCAAACCCAAUCCCAGAAUACAAGGUGGCUGAUAUCCAGAAGUCCCGUUUCAUCCUCCUUCACUACGGUGCAUUCAAGGCUGGCUGGGACUGGCUGAUUUUGUUGGCCACCUUCUAUGUAGCCGUCACUGUUCCCUAUAAUGUGUGCUUCACCGCGGUGGAGAUACGCGAGGACGGCGGCUCAGCAGCACGUAACCCUCCAAGUGUCAGCGAUAUCUUGGUGGAGAUACUUUUUAUCAUUGAUAUUGUGUUGAACUUCCGAACCACCUAUGUGAGCACCUCUGGUCAGGUGGUGUACGACCCCCGCUCCAUCUGCAUUCACUAUGUUACAUCCUGGCUGUUUGUGGAUCUGAUCGCUGCCUUGCCCUUUGACCUGCUCUACGCCUUCAAUAUCAGUGUGAACUUUGGGGUUCACCUGCUGAAGACGGUGCGUCUCCUCCGUCUCUUGCGUCUGCUGCAGAAGUUGGAUCGCUACUCCCAGUACAGCGCUGUGGUCCUCACCUUGCUCAUGUCCACGUUCGCCCUGCUUGCCCAUUGGAUGGCCUGUGUCUGGUACUUCAUUGGGCGAAGCGAGAUCGAAAGUAACAGCCCCACCUCCUGGGAUAUAGGCUGGCUCCAUGAAUUGGCCAAACGCUUGGGAACACCAUACUUCCUGGCACCGCUGACCUCUCUGUUGGGAGCUUCUGAUUCUCCCCAAGGCACCAUAACAACAGGAAUGACCAAUUACAACCAGUGGAAUGGCUCAGGAUUGGAGCUGCUAAAUGGGACUGGUUUGCUGGGUUCGGGCCAAUGGAACGGCAGCAGGACCAGAGCAAGGACGCCAAAUGGCUCGGGGACGACAUUGAGCGGUGGGCCAUCUGUCAGGAGUUCCUAUGUGACAUCACUGUACUUUGCUCUGAGCAGUCUGACCAGUGUGGGCUUUGGCAAUGUUUCAGCCAACACAGACUCUGAGAAGAUCUUCUCCAUAUGCACCAUGCUGAUUGGAGCAUUAAUGCACGCUGUGGUGUUUGGUAAUGUGACCGCCAUCAUCCAAAGGAUGUAUUCACGCCGAUCCCUCUACCACACCCGCACCAAAGACCUGAAGGACUUUAUCCGAGUGCACCGGCUACCCAAAGCCCUUGAGCAACGCAUGAUGGAAUGUUUCCAGACAACCUGGUCUGUCAACAACGGUAUCGACGUUAGUGAGCUGCUGAAGGACUUCCCAGAUGAGCUGAGGGCUGACAUCGCCAUGCACCUGAAUAAAGAGCUGCUGGAGCUGCCGCUCUUUGAGUCGGCCAGCAGGGGCUGUCUGCGCUCACUCUCCCUCAUUAUCAAGACCUCCUUUUCCGCUCCUGGGGAGUUCCUCAUCCGCCAGGGCGACGCCCUCCAGGCUAUCUACUUUGUAUGCUCAGGCUCCAUGGAAGUACUAAAGGACAACACGGUGCUGGCCAUCUUAGGACGGGGCGACCUGAUUGGCUCCGAUUGUCUUACCCAAGAGGAAGUGAUCAAGACCAAUGCCUGUGUGAAAGCCCUGACUUACUGUGACCUGCAAUACAUUAGCCUCAAAGGCCUCCGUGAAGUGCUCGGCCUCUACCCCGACUACGCCCAGAAGUUCCUCAGUGAGAUCCAGCACGAUCUGACGUACAAUCUGCGGGAAGGACACACCACUGAGGCAGAUUGUGAGAGCAAUGGCGGGAUUAUGAAGAAGCUUCCAUCCAUCAAGGAGGAUGAAGAGGGAUCAGGGUCGGAGGGUGAACAUUCCCCUCUCCCCAAGAUGCCUCCCCCGGGUAGGUUAGGGCGGGGCCUGCGAUCUCCCCUGCGUUCCCCUCUGCGUUCCCCGCUGCUGCCGGCGAGAACCUUCAGGCCAGCGAGCGAUCAAACCCGGCCUGCCAGCCUGCAGAUCCCAGUGGUGAGCUUCAGCUGCCUGCAGCCGGACCUCAGCCCUCGGUUUGUGGAUGGCAUCGAGGCAGAAAACCAAAGCGGGUCGGUUCAGAAGUUUGAUUUUUCUCCUCAGACUUUCCUACCCAGCCCUGGUUCAGCAGCCUCAGGAGCCCACGAUGAGGAUGACACCGUGCAGGCUAUCGCUAAGCUAAAACAUGAGAUGAACGUCCUCUCCCGUCAGGUGACUGCAGUCAGUCAGGAGCUACAGGAAAUGACGCGUCUUCUCAAACCCCUGCUCCAAAACACCUCCACGCUGCUGGUGACUCCGCCUCCCAGCGUAUCCUCACACAGCUGCUCCCCUGCCCCACCUCUUCUUACCCAACAUGCACCUGCGGACUGUUCAGACGAACAAAAUCCUCCAUCCAUCCUGGUACCCGAACAGUCCUCUCCUCCGCUGAGUGUGAUAAAGGUCUUACAAGGAGAGUUCGAUCCGCUUCAGUGGUCACCCCCUCAACCCGUCUCCUCAAAGAAUUCUCAUCGGGCCAGUGCCGCUCCCUUAGUCUCUCAUUGCUCAGCUCCCCCGUCCCUCAACAGUUCUCCCCAUGAGCACCACCUAGCUAUGUCACAUCCUUGCUCCUCCCCUUCCAUCCCUUCUCUAUCUUCAUUAAGGCACCCGUCAUCUAUCACUCCCCUUUUGGUAGACUUAUCACCUGGACCUGUUAGUGAGUCUCACCUCCCACCCAUGUCCCAGUCAGAGACCCAGCUCCAGUUCCAUCCCAAGUCUGAGUUUAAACCUAGGUCACGUCCCCGCUCCAUUUCCCAACCCUCCAGCAUGGCAUUGCGCCCCCGAGAACCUCUCCUGAACCUGCAAGAGGUGGAGUGGGGGGAGCACACCACCCAGCUCAGCUUCAUCAAUGAAGGAGAGCCCUAACUGUGAACAGAGAAGAAGGAGAUCUGGACUCUGGCACGGGACUGAUGGACAGAAACAACCAGCAUGCCACACAAAAUACUGCAUGACAUACAGUUUGACAUGUGACUUCACGUGUAAAUACGUCCAGUUUAAAUUGUUCUUAACUAUGAUCAUGAGCACCAGCUGUAAGCAGAUGUGACAAUAAAAUAGUUUGUUUUACAGUUUCA